AUGACACCAAAUGAAAGUUACGUGGUGACUGCCGAGACUCGAGCCCUGGAGAACCGUCGUUCCGGAUUUCACGAAUGCCUCUCCGAAGUGACCCGGUUUCUGGCCGCCUUCGAGGGUGUCGACGCACAUUGUGACGAUCUGCGUCGUCGAUUAAUCACACAUUUACACUCCUGCAUGGUGAAGCGUGAUGCCGAGGCGAAAUCCGUGUUGGCGAACACUGCAGCGAUGGCAGGAGCCGCAGCCGCCGCAGCCGCAGCCGCAGCCGCCGCCAAUGCCAACUCCAAUGUC